AUGGCUUCCUCUAUCAAGAUGUCUCUUCCCAAUGCGCGCCCAUACACCUUCACAUUUCCACCGGCGACGACUGCACUCAUUAUCAUCGACAUGCAACGAGAUUUCGUAGAUCCCAAUGGCUUUGGAUCGAUCCAAUGCGGAAAUCCAGAGAUCUUCUCAGCAGUUCGAAACAUCGUUCCUACACUGCAAAAAGUGCUCGAGGUCUCCAGAGAUAUGGGACUGCACAUCAUUCACACCAGAGAAGGGCAUAGAUCAGAUCUGUCCGAUUUACCUCCAUCCAAGAAGUUGAGACAGAUAAGUGCACCAAAUGGACAUCAUACAAUGGGCAUUGGUGAUCAGGGUCCAAUGGGAAGACUGCUUGUACGGGGUGAGUGGGGACACGAUAUCAUCGAUGAGUUGAGACAGCUACCUGGAGAGCCAGUGAUCGAUAAGCCUGGAAAAGGAAGUUACUGGGGAACAGGCCUGCACCGAGUAUUGCUGGCAAGAGGAAUCACUCACAUCCUGUUUUCUGGCGUCACCACGGAAUGCUGUGUUACCACCACUCUCCGAGAAUGUAACGAUCGGGGAUUCGAGUGCUGCAUCCUGUCAGAUUGCACCGGCGGCUUCGAUGCACAGAUGGUCACUACAUCUAUGGACAUUGUUUGUGGACAGGAUGGGCUCUUUGGGUAUAUUGGAAACAGCACGGACUUCUUCGCAGCAGCAUCAAAGUCUCGAGAAUUGACCCCACCAUCUACCCCGCCAGCAUCAGAAGAUGUACUUCUGCCUAUUGCACAGCUCCAGCAACGAUACGAGAGCGGGCUAGAAACCCCGGAGAAUGUCAUCAACUCGGUAUUUGACCGCAUCGAAAAGUAUGAGAAGCUUGAUCCUGCUGUGUGGAUCUCAAAACAGAGCCGACAAGAUGCUUUCGCUGCGGCUACGGCUCUCGUGGAGAAGUACGCUGGGAAGCCCAUGCCUCCUCUGUAUGGUAUUCCAUUUGCGCUCAAAGAUAACAUCGACGUGGAAGGUGUUGUGACGACGGCAACCUGCGAGGCUUUCGCUUACACUGCGAAAGCAACAGCACCGGCAGUCCAACUACUGCUUGAUGCUGGAGCACUCUACAUCGGAAAGCUCAACAUGGAUCAGCUAGCAACUGGCCUAUCAGGGUGCCGAUCCCCGUAUGGUACUCCUCACUCUGUAUACAGCAAGGAGUACAUAUCUGGAGGGUCGUCUUCUGGAUCUGCUGUUGCUGUAGCUGCUGGUCUCGUAUCAUUUACACUUGGAACUGAUACUGCUGGAAGUGGCCGUGUACCAGCAGCAUUCAAUGGCAUCGUCGGAUUCAAGCCAACCAAAGGCACCGUUUCUGCUCGUGGAAUGGUACCUGCUUGCAAAAGCUUGGACACUUUGUCUGUCAUGGCGCCAACUUUGACAGAUGCCAGAAAGGUGUGGUAUAUUAUCGACCAGCAUGACUGUCUUGAUCCGUACGCCAAAACGCCGUUAAGCCUGACGCUGUGGAAACAAGACUUCCGUGGGCCGAAAGAUGGAGGCUUUACAUUUGGUGUUCCUCCGCCUUCAGCUUUGUUAGCUUGCUCUAAAGAGUAUCAAGAUCUGUUCCAGGUCUCAAUCCAGAAGCUAAGGUCAUGCGGUGGCCGUCUCGUCGAAGUGGACUAUACACCUUUUGAGAAAGCCUCAGACUUACUCUAUAAUGCUUCUCUUGUACACGAACGGAUCGCCUCCAUCGGUCACGAGUUUCUCGAGGCAAAUCUCUCAACCCUUCAUCCAACAACCAACGCGCUCUUCACAGCCGCGCUUGAAUCUCCAUUGAAGCCCUGGAAUGUAUUCCACGAUCAAUCCCUCCAAGCUAAAUAUACCAUGCAAGCGCAGCGGACAUUUAACACCCUCGAAGGCGGCAUUGAUGUUCUUCUCGUUCCUUCAACACCAUGUCAUCCAACGAUCAAGGAGAUGGAAGCUGAUCCGCUGGGUCUGAAUGCCAAGGUUGGCAUGUUCACACAUGCAGGCAAUGUGGUGGAUCUCUGCGGCGUAAGCGUGAAUGCUGGUUGGGUCGAGAAGGAAGGAGGAUCGAAACUGCCGUUUGGCGUUACGUUCCUAGGUGGAAGUGGCUAUGAUGGGAAGAUAUUGGAUAUUGUAAAGGUAUUUGAGGACGCUGUUGCUGGCGAGAGGAAGCCAUGA